AUAAAUGAAGUUUUAAAUGCCCCCGAAGAAGGGUUUACCAUCGAAGGAAUGGAGGUUGGUAUGGUUGCUAUUUUGGGUAAGAUUGCCUCUGUAGAAGUAUCAGCAACCAAAACUAGCUAUCAGAUCGAGGAUAGCACUGGUCAACUGACGGUUGUGCAGUGGGUUGAGGAGGGGUCCACCGUCAAGGAGUUCUACGAGGGAGCUUUCGUCAAGGUUAUCGGCUCCAUGAGGACACAGGGUGAGAAGAAACAUAUGAUGGCUUUCCGUAUGCUAGAAGCUCCCACCCAGGAGGAACAGGACUUUCACGCACUGCAGGUCGUGUUCUCCCAUCUCAAGCUGAAGCAGAUCAAUGCAAAGAUGACUGGACAGUCUGGUAUGGACCAGUCUGGACUAUCUAACUCUAUGAUGGGAAAUGGUGGAUUAGGGGCCAGUAACUUUGGAGGAAGCUCUAGUGCUAGUUUCGGAAACAAGAAUCAGGAUUUGAUUUAUAAUCUGAUAAAACAGUGUAGAGACGACCAGGGUAUUCACCUAGGGACAAUCAAUAAUGAG